AUUCAAUUGUACUGCAAGUGUGUAGAGUGAGAGGUGUAGUCAAUGUGUAGUCAAUGUGUAGUCAAUAGUCAAACAUACAAAUGGGAUGAAUGAAUGAAUGAGAGCUAAGUGUAGACAACAUUAUCACUGAUUGUUGUUAUCAUAUAUAUUGUCGACAAUGGGUUUACUCACAUCCGAUGGCAAUAACAAGACUAAUAUAUUGUACAAAUUGGUGACCAAUCACUGGUCAAAGUUAUCGAUAUUGUCAUACUUGUCGGGUUUGGUGGUUAGCGCUAUAUUGUUGAGUCAAUCGGACCGAACCUAUUUCAGUGAUAAUGCAUUACUUCCCGGUUUGGUUCAGAGAGAGUUCACAUAUAAAGAGAUGACCGACGAGACAUUGAAACAACUGGAACAAGUGGCACAACAAUUACCUCAAGAUGUCGUGCCCUACAACUGGCUCAUCAAACAGUUCCAGCAAAUUGGUCUCGAAGUCUAUUCACAUAAUUUUACACUCAAUUAUCCUUUUGGUGAUAAAACGCGAUUUGAAGGCAAAAAUAUUUAUGCAAUACUAAGAAGUGAACGAACGGCAAGUACUGAAGCCAUCGUCCUUUCGUCUCCUUAUCGGACAAAACUAAGUCAACAUUCCUCAACAUUACCGGGAAUUGCAUUAAUGAUAUCUCUGGCCAAAUACUUUUCACGUGAGAAUUAUUGGGCCAAAGACUUAAUAUUUUUGAUUAAUGAAUACGAAUUGGUUGGCAUCCAGUCAUGGCUUAACGCUUAUCAUAACAUUGAUGUCACUCCUGUCUUAAACCACGGAAUGUUAGACUCUCGAUCCGGUGCUAUUCAAGCAGCCAUUAAUUUAGAAAUUCAUUCCCACAUAUUCAGCAAUUUGGACAUAAAGAUUGAAGGAUUAAACGGACAGUUACCUAAUUUAGAUCUAUUUAACGUUGCAGUCGAGUUAUGUACGAGAGAGUCAGUUAGUCCAACAUUUCAUGGAAAGUCACAGCCCAUAGAAAAUGAUGAGUUUGAGCUCUGGAAAGAAUAUGCAACGACUACAGCAUCGAUGAUGAUAUCUCAAGCCAUUGGUUUGCCGACCGGAGCUCACGGACUCUUUCAACGAUUUUCAAUUCAAGCCAUUACUUUGGAAGGUUAUGAAGCAACCAAAAGCUCAUACCUUAAGGUAUCGUUACUUCAAAUGGGAAGAGUCAUUGAAGGCAUAUUCCGAAGUCUUAACAAUUUAUUGGAACGAUUCAAUCGAUCGUAUUAUUUCUAUUUGUUGACCUCAACCCGACGGUACAUAUCAAUUGGCUAUUAUAUGAUACCAUUUGCCUGCAUAGCUGUUCCACUUGUUUUGAAUGCUUUAUAUUUGUAUCUGAAGUCAGAGGAAGAGAUAACAGAAAAGAGUGGUAAUCUAUGGAAUUGUAUUCCCUUUACUUUUGUUUGUCAUGCUUUGGGAAUACUAACACUUUUGGUGCCCAUAUUUGUUGAGAAAUACUCACAAUUAGUGACCAAUUAUGAGACACGUGAUGUAAUAUAUUACACGUUGUUAAGUGUUUGCUUAAUGUAUAUAAUGAAUCCCAUAUUGAGAUGCAAUCAUUUGAACCGCAAUUCACGUAAAUGUUUGAGUUUACUAAACAUUGCAUUAUUAUUGUGUUGUAUAUCACUCGUCAAUAUAUCUCUUGCUUUUUUCUUAACUCUGAUUUAUGUUCCCAUUGCUUGUCUAACAGCCAUUAGUUUAAGACUAUGGUAUCGGAUAAUGAAUUCAAUUUUGCUAUUAUUGGUUCAUCCGCUGUCAAUCUUUUACUUGUGUUUGCUCUUAAUGUCCAUCUAUUAUAACCCAGAGUUUACACUAACAAAGCAUUUAGUCAUAGCUUUUGAAGCCCAGAAAAAGUGUCUUCUUUUCUAUAUAGAGGACUGGUAUAUAUACGGCCAAUGGAUCUUUCCUAUUGGCUGUACCGCCCUAUUACCAGUUUGGUUACAAUUAUGGUAUACUUUAUGA